UAACUUCAAUGAUGAAAAUGUGACAGAUUAUUUUAACACACAAUUGGACCAAAAUAACUUUGAUGAUGAAAAUGAGAUAGAUUAUUCUGACACACAAAACUCUGAUGCACAAUUGAAUCAACUUACAAGCUAUAAUGAUAAUACAAAUAUGGCGGAUAUAUCUUCGCAUAUGGAAAUAAUCGAAACUCACACAAGAAUAUAA